AUGGAGAUUAGGUUUAAGUGUGUUGUUCAUCAUUCUGGUGAGUUUUCUAGCGAGUUUGUAAAUUUUACAAAGUUAGGUUAUGUAGGGUUAGAGGAGAUAUGGAAUGUUGAUCCUGAUUAUUGGAGUUACUUUGAAAUAUUGGACAAGUUAAGAGAGUUAGGUUACCCUACUAUAGAUAGGUUGUGGUAUUAUGAUGAUAUGAUUGAUAAUGAUAUAGUUCAGUUAGAAAAUGAUAAGGGGACUGAUAGGAUGAGAACCAUUGUAGUGUUAACUGGGGAAUGCCACCUGUAUGUUACACAUCAUGUAUCUGAACCUGAUGUUAUUGAGAAGCCCAUACUCUCACUAUCACAUGUGAGCAUAUUGGGUGAAUAUAUGUGUGGUGAAGGGCCUGCUAUGGUUAAUAAUCAGGAUGAGACCACAGUAGCUAAGGAUGUGGUUGGUGAAGUAUAUGAAGGGGGAAGUAAUGAAUGUGGGACCACACUGGGAGAAGAUGUGGUGGAAGAGGGGACAAGAGUUGAUGAAGUUAAGGAGAAUGUUGGGAUUGAAGAUAAUGUUGGAAUUGAGGAAAAUGUGGGUGAUGUGGGGACCAACUUUGAAACUGAGAUGAAGGUUGGUCAAGAGGAGAUAAACUGUAACAAUAUGGAUGAUGUGGGGACCACCUGUGAAAUGGAGGAGAAUGUGGAUGUAGGGAUGAAUGUUGGAGGGGAUGAAACCAAUGAAGGACUGAACUGUAACUAG